AUGUUUAAGAAGAGAGCUUCCUCCAAUGUUAUUGCAGCCGUUUUCAAGGCCAAAUAUGGCGACCCUGUCAAAGGCCCACGUGCAGCAGAUUUGCAACAAUUAGUCCUCGAGGAGCUACGAGUGGCCUCCUCUUACAUGAAGUGUUAUAGGGCACGAGAGAAGGCAAUUACAGGCGUUAGGGAAUCCGAUGACGACUCCUACUUGGGGCUGCCUGAGUAUUUGUAUAUGCUCAAGCUCGCUAACCCCGGCACCGUGAUUGAUUUGAUAACGGAGAAAGAUGCCUUUGGUCUCGAUCGGUUUUUGUAUUUGUUUCUCGCCUUUGGUGCAUCGAUCAGGGGAUUCAGGCGCCUUAGGCACGUUGUUGUUGUCGAUGGAACCCAUCCCGGCGGCAAAUUUAUGGGGACACUCCUAACUGCUAGUGGCCAGGACGCUAACUUCCAAGUUUUUCCGCUUGCUUAUGCGGUUGUCGACAGCGAGAACAUCGAUUCCUGGACAUGGUUUUUCAGAAACUGGAGCGGAUUUUGGCCGAUAGCCCUUCCCUGA